CGCGCGGGUAUCGAAGGCGGAUGCGGGCAGAGGAGCGACUUCAGCCGCUCUGCCCAAGUUCAGAAGUUCACCUAAACGCUGGGAAAUGGCCGCCCGCCUGUUUGAGGAUAAAGACCACGCUGCCGUGUAUCAGAAAUACAGGUUCUCGCUUCAGGAGAAAUUGCAGGGCGUGGUCCUCGCCUACCUAGAGAAAAAGGUGAAUUGCUUCCAGCUGGGAGUGGAUGUGGGAUGUGGUUCAGGCCAAAAUACUCUCCUGCUGGCAAAGUAUUUUGAGAAGGUGGUUGGAACAGAUGUAAGUGAAGCUCAGAUUGAGGAGGCUAAGCGAGCCACACAUCCUCCCAAUGUCUCAUAUCUCACGUGUCCUGCAGAGAAGCUGCCUUUCAAGGAUCACUCUGUGGAUCUCAUCACGGCCUUCAGCGCUGUGCACUGGUUUGAUGUACCCUGCUUCGUAAAGGAAAUGGACCGGAUUCUCAAACCAUCUGGCUGCUUCAUCUUGUGUUCCAACACCCUUGAUUUGCAACUGCACUAUAGAGAUCAGUCAGAGAAGCUGACAGAGAUCUUCAAGGAGAUUCAAACCCAGCUGAUUCCUUAUGCAAAUGAAAGGAUCAAAUUUGUUUUGGAUGAGUAUAAAACAAUAUUUGAUGCUCUGCCCUUUCAGGAUAAGGAAAGAAUCACGGAUAUUGUCGAUAAAAUCCCCGUAAGUGUCUCUGAAUUGCUGGGAUAUAUCCAGUCCUUUUCCCUAUACCACACUUUUCUAAAAGCCCAGCCUGAGGCAGCCAAAUCUCUCAUCCAGAAUGCUGAACAGAGGAUCCUGGAGACAAUGGGAGUUUCUUCAGAUGAAACCAAGCUGGAGAUUUGGACUCGACAAAUUUGCAUUCUGGGUACCAAGAGCUAUUAAAAGUAAUUUUGGUCCAGCUUAGGGACGCCCCAGCCAGGAAAAAGAAUCAACUCAUAUUGGUGCCAAGCUUCAGUUCAACGAUUACUACUUUAGAAACAACUUUCCAAGAAAACCAGUGCCCUGUUUAUUUCUGAGAGGAGUGGAAAGCAAAUGUAGAA